UGAUUUUGUAACUCUGCGCUUUCACUCCUUAGUGCUUUUUAAACAUUUUAUUUCCUUUUCUUUGAAGACCAGUGAAGAAUUCAGGCAGAUGAUGGAUGGCAUUCAAAACCAGGAACCGAAGAAGGGGGAAAUGUUCUCUGAAUCUCCCUCUGAGGUCCCCACAUCUGUGGAUUGGAGGGAUAAAGGCUGUGUGACUCCUGUGAAGAAUCAGAUCGCUGUGGUUCUUGUUGGGCUUUCAGUGCAGCUGGUUCCCUGGAAGGACAGAUGUUCUGGACAACUGGCAUACUUGUUUCACUCAGUGAGCAGAACCUCGUGGACUACUCACAGGCUGAGGGCAACAGCAGCUGCAAUGGUGGCCUAACGGACAAUGCUUUCCAGUAUGUCCAGGACAACAAAGGCUUGGAUUCAGAAGAAUCCUAUCCAUAUAUUGGAAAGGUUCUCAAAAAUCUGGGAAGCAGCUGCUGCCUCACUGAUUCCAAGGAGCUGAAAUUCUCAAUGGAGCUUGCAGAUCAGGGACUGAGAAACAGCCUAAGUGGGGCCUCCCCAUUUCUUGGAGACACAAAGCAAGAAAUGUUGGCAGAUGUGUCCACUGUCAACUAUGAAUUUGAGGACGAGUACUUCAGUAACACCAGUGCCCUCGCCAAAGAUUUCAUAAGAAGACUUCUGGUCAAGGAUCCAAAGAAGAGAAUGACAAUUCAAGAUAGUUUGCAGCAUCCCUGGAUCAAGGAUGAGGACGACUCCUUUGUGAUGAAAGCCAUCAUCCAUGCCAUCAGUGAUGACAACGUCCCAGGCUUGCAGCACCUUCUGGUUAACCAACCCAACAAGAGCCUUUUAAAUUGCAUUGUACCUCUACCCAUGAAACUGUAAACCUCCUCAUCCUGCAAAUGAAAAUGUCACCUUUGAUGGUGAAUCCAAAAGAGGAAGUGUCAUUGGAUUCUUCUGAGUGUCCCUUUCCUUUUAUGCAGCAGUAGGUAUGUGCCUGUUGAGACAUGGGAAGUCAUGUGGGGACAACUAUGAUAAUUUGGGCCUUCCCUUUUCUACCAAACCUGAAAAAUAAUAUUAU